ACUCGCAAUGAGUCCUUCAGUUCACGUCGCUCUGGCAGCAUCGAGAUCCCACGCAUGCAAGCUAAGAGGGCACAAACUUUCCAUGAUGAUGCCCCUGGUCUUUUACCAUCUUUUACACAAACUGCCGAUCAGGGUAUGGGAACGAGAUCUCGCAGGCUCUCGACAAAUAUUCCCAAUGAGUUUCCUAUAGAAUGCUGUCCUCUGGAGAAGGAGUUCAAAACAUCAUCCAGACUGCCACUUAGGCGACCGAAGCAAAUCGGCGAAGGCGGCUAUGCAUGUGUCAAGCUUAUGAGACGCCGAGGAGAAACCCCUGAUCAUCUUUAUGCUGUCAAGCAAUUUCGUGGCCGUGACUCUUGGGAGACGGAGGAUGACUACGUCAAAAAAGUCAAGUCCGAAUAUUGUAUCGCCAAAUCUUGUCACCAUCCCAACAUCAUCGAGCCCAUUCGUCUUUGCUACUCCCAUGGCAUCUGGAGCGAAGUCAUGGAAUACUGUCAUAAUGGAGAACUUUUUGGUCUCCUGGAGAAGAAGUACUUGACCAUCAACGACAAGUACUGCUUCUUCAAGCAAUUACUGCGUGGCGUCGAUUAUCUACACAACCACGGAAUAGCUCACCGCGACUUGAAGCCCGAGAACAUUAUGCUUACAAGGGACGGAUGUGUCAAGAUCAUCGACUUUGGAUUGAGUGAGAUCUUCAGUGGUCCGCAUCCCAGCUUUCGCAUAGGAAUGGACGUCGAGGCUUUCAAGGUUGAUCGCGUUAGGUACUCGCAGCCAGCCAUCUUUGGUUCUCAACCUUACAUUUCUCCUGAAGUCAUGGCCGCCAAGGACGAAUACGAUCCAAGAGGUCUAGAUGUUUGGUCAUGCGGUAUCAAUUUCUUGAGUAUGGUCUUUGGUGUGCAUCCAUGGGUCAAGGCUACACCUGACAAUACGAACUACAAAAAGUACCUCAAUGGAUGGAACAAGUGGCUAAAGGAUCACCCCGAGGGUACGAUCGAGCCUGGGUCGGAUGACUAUCCAGACUGUGGCAAGCUAUUCCACCUUCUGAACAGCGAUUCUUUGGAGCGGUUGGUCUUGAGAAUGCUCAAUCCUAAUCCACAGAAGCGAAUCAGCAUUGCCGAAGCACUUGCAUCAGACGUAGUGCGCAGGAUGGAGUGCUGCCAGAGGGUAUCGUACGAGGAAAAUGCGCCGACCAAUAUCAAGCACGACCAUACGCCACCAGCUCCUGUACAAAAG